GAAUCCGAUUAGCUCCAAAACAAAAACUGAACAUCCCAGUGUUAUUCAUGCCAGAUACAAUGAAAACUUAUGAGGCGGUAGUGGUAAUUCAUGUAAUGAGGGAAAAUGGUGAAAACUGGCCUUAUGAGGAUUCUGCUAAAUUAAAUAAAGACUUACAGAGUGUUACUGUAGCAGAGAAUGGGGGAAUUAAAGGAAUACUCUGGAUCUAUCCAGUUCAUGGAUUACCAGAAGCACCGCAGCAAAAAUUAGUUCCAACUGUUGUACGCUGUCGAGCCAGGCAGAGAGUAGAAAGACGAGUAGAAGUACUGCUGACUGGUGUACUUCCUGCUGCAACUGCUAUGCCUGCUGCAAGAAAUUCUGCUAUGGUUCAUACAAACAAGCCAGCCAACACCCAAGAAAAUGUUCAAGUCACUGAUGAUUUCUCUACAACAGAGGAAUUUCUGUAUGAAUUGCAAUAUCAAUCAAAUGAAAUUAAAUCUCAGCUCGAAUCUUUGGUUGGUAUGCAUCUUGUUGAAAGAGAAUGGGAUACAGAAUCCAGAAUUGCAACGCUGGUGUUUAAUAUAGUGUUUGCACCUAACAAACCAAUGAGGAAUGAAGCAACUCUUGUAGUACAGUACACUGCAGGAGGUAUUUGGAAGUUUCCAGUUCUGUUCAUUGCUUUGGAGCCAGAAGUGGAUGAUAUCAUCAACAUUGAAGCAGUUGGCCUGAAUAAGGAAUCUAUAGUUGGCUUUAAGCUUACAAGCCAGACAAG